AUGGUUAAAGUUAAAGUCGAAUUUAUGGGUGGUUUAGAUGUUAUUUUUAACAAACAAAGAAUGCAUCAAGUUCUUAUUGAUGGUGGUGAAGUAACCAUAAAAGACUUGAUCGACUAUAUUGUUGCAGAGAUGAUUUCAAAUAAAAAUGAUAUUGGUGUGUUUGUUGAAAAUGGCACGAUAAGGCCCGGAAUUUUGACAUUGAUUAACGACGCUGACUGGGAGCUGGAAGGCGGUGAAGAAUACGUACUUGAAGAUGGUGAUAUAAUAUCAUUCACGUCUACAUUGCAUGGAGGUUGA